UAAGCGUCUCUGAUUCUGUUUUUCUCGCCGUCUCCACACGGUCUCAGUCCUGCAUCCUUUCACUCAAGUUCCUACAUCUCAAGACUCCAACGCACUUCCCUCGCAAGACGGCACGAGAAGAAAUAAGCUCACAAGCACCCAUCACCACCCACGCAUACCCACUCGUAUCCACCCACCAUGUCUACGUCCACCCCACCCACAACACCCUGCCCCGCCCCCCUUUCCCCCAUAAUAACCUACCUCGCCCUCCUCCUCCUCUUCCUCGCCACCGCAACUCUCUGGACGAACCACUCCGCCCCGACACCUAGUCCCGCUGCAGUGCGACCCACCACCACCACCUCGACGUCCAUUUCUACCUCCACCUCCUCGCUGCGUGAAGCGCGUGAAGCGCGCCUCGAGCACCGUAUCGCCGAGCUCGAGCGCCGUGGCAAGGGACUGGGUGCGUCGAAUACCGAGCUACUACUCGACAACGAAACCCUGCGGGCGCGUCUCGAGGAAGCAGAGCGCGGGAGCGCGGUGCUGCGGGCCGCGGGCGAGGGGCUAAAGAGGGCGGUUGGGGAGCUGAAGGGGGUUAACGGGCGGUGGGAGGACGCGUGUGGGCAGCUGGUGGCCGCGUACGAGGAGCUGGAGGCGGUGCAUGAGGGCCUCGGGGCUGCGCGUGAGGAGCUCAGGACCGCCAAUGCAGACCUGCAGACCGCCAACGAGGAGCUGAAGACCGCCAACGAGGAGCUGAAGACAACCAACGCCUCCCUGUCCCACCAAAUCCAUACCCAAGAAUCCGCACACACCGCACUGCGCACCGCCGUCCGCACGCUGGAGUGCGACGCCCUGGCGUCGCAGCUCGAGCUGUACACGGCGCAGCGCACGCACGCGACACAGGCCGCUGAGCAGGGCGCCCGGAUCGCAGACCUAGAGUCCGAGAAGGGGGACCUCGCUGCUGCGAACGGAGAACUCGCGGCUGCGAACGAUGCGCUGGAGGCCGCGAAAGAUGGCCUGAUCAUCGAGACCACCGCGCUCCGCGACCAGGCCGAGGGCCUGCGCCGCAUGCACGACAUCCUGCACACCGACUACCGCAGGCUCAGCGCCGACACCGAUGCCCUGCGUGCACGCCACGAGCGCGAGACCGCGGUCUUGCGCGACGACGCGGAGGAGCUGUAUGCCCGUGUGUGCGUGCUGGAGCGCGAGAAGGCGCUGCUGGAGGGGGGUCUGUGCGCUGGCGGGGAGGGGGAGGUGGUGGGUGCCGAGGGUGAGGAGGAGGGUUUUGAGUGGGAUUUCGGAGAGCGUGUCGACGCGAAUGGACUCGUACGCGCUGACAGGGGGCUGCCGGGUGAGCAGGAGGAGGAGGACGACGAGAACCUGGGCAGCGAGACAGGCGAGCGUCCGGAGAGGGACGAAGACCUCUUGAGCCCAGAGGAGGAGUUCGUGCAAGUGUAGCGCAUGGCGGGGUCUCCG